AUGUCAGGAGACCUUCUCUCUGUACCGACACCAGUCCUCCAGUCUGCUCUUGAAUCUAUUUCGAUACCGACAUCAUCACCUAGAGCUACUUUCAGCAAUUGGGCAAAGACAUUCAAAUGUCAACCUCAAAGGGUAUUCGCUCCCACCACGGCCAUACAAUGUAGACAGAUACUCGAGUUGGCAAGGAGGGAAGGUGCGAGAGUACAUCCAGUCGGUGUAGGUCAUUCACCAUCGGAUUUGGCUUGUACAAAUGGCUGGUUAGUGAGAAUGGAAGGGUUGAAAGGUGUUGCUAAAAUCAAUCAUGAAAAACAAUCCGCUACUUUCUUGGCUGGAACUACAUUACAUCAAGUCCACUCUACCUUAGCAUCAUCUUCGCCACCUUUAGCAUUGAUAAACAUCGGAUCGAUAUCAGAUCAAACCAUCGGAGGAUUGAUAUCGACAGCAUCGCAUGGUUCGGGAGUCGAAUUUCCAGUAUUAUCUCAACAUGUCAGAUCUUUAACUUUGGUAUUACCAUUACCUGGUGCACCUGUAGUCAAAGUCUCUCCUACCGAAGAUCCAGAUUUAUUCAAAGCGAGUUUAUGUGGACUGGGAGCAACUGGUUUAAUGUUGGAAGUUGAGAUUGAAGUUGAAGAAGCAUUCAGAUUGAAAGAAACCAAACAUUCAGAAACAAUAGAUUACGUUUUAGAUAAUUUGGAUCAUAUCAAAACUUCAGCAGAACAUGUCAGGGUUUGGUGGUAUCCUGAUGGAAAGGGUAUGGUCAUUGGAAAAGCCAACAGGACAUAUCAACCCGCCCAACCCACAUCAUCAUUGCUCGCUCAUAUACUAAGUUUCCACCUCACUCAAUUCUUCUUAUUCGUGUCUCGCAUAUUCCCUUCUUUCACCCCAUACGUUGGUAGGUGGGCAUGGUGGUUAUCGAAAGAGGACAGUGAAGUUGUAGAUGAUGGUUAUAAGAUUCUCAAUUUUGAUUGUUUGUUCCCUCAAUACGCUCUCGAAUGGGCAAUCGAUUCUUCCUUAGCCAAAACAUGUCUCGAAGAAAUGCGAGUAUGGUUGAAUCAAGAAGCGGCUGAUCCCAAUGGAUUAAGAGUCCAUUUCCCUAUAGAAAUUAGAUGGACUGCAAAAGAUGAUAUUUGGCUUAGUCCAAGUUAUGGUCGAGAGACUUGUUGGAUCGGUGUGGUCACUUAUCGACCAUACGGUCUUGCAGUACCAUACCGCAAAUUCCACGAAAAAUUCGCUUCACUCCUUGCUUCUCACGGUGGAAGACCUCAUUGGGCUAAACAACAUACACUCCGACCAAAAGAUCUCGAAGCUGUUUAUCCUAAAUUCAAUGAUUUCAAAGAUGUCUUACAUCGAGUCGAUCCCAACGGCAUAAUGAGAAGUGAGAAUGUGCGAAGACAUAUAGAUGGCGAAAAUGUUCCGGAUAGAGUAUUCAAAACCAGAUAG